AUGGAUUCUAUGGAUUAUUCUCUUUAUUCGAGUCCAUACGAUAGUUUUAUGCGCAAACAUUUGCAGCAUUAUGGCUAUUUCACUGGGCGUAGCGAAACAGUACGAAAAUAUGGUUUCCUUCCAUCAAAAUCGCUUUUUCCGACUUCAUUGAGCGACACAGAUUCGAGUUCAAGUGACGACGAACAAACAAAAUUGAAAGCAAAAGCUUUUGUACCUGAUCAACGUGCAGUAAAUAUUCGUCCAGCACGCAUUCCAUUUGGCCUGUUACGUAGCGGUUUUGGUGAUGAGAAUUCCAAUGAACCGAGGUGGCCGAUCGAAAUUGAAGUUUUAAAUGAAUCACGUGUUAAACAUAUUCUCACUUCUCCAACACAACCAGAAUUGUUUUAUAAACCAACCACUGGUCAUAUGCCAUUUGUUCGUAGUUAUGAUGAAGCAAAUGGACGAGUAGUUUUCCAAUAUAAUCCUGAAACAUGCGGUUAUUUUAUUCGUUCACGUAUUGGCGGAAAUCGAGAAGGUUGUCGACAAGCAGCAGUUGCUACUCGUGGCGAAGAUGAUACGACAGUUAUAUUUGAAUCUCGUUUUGAAAGUGGAAAUUUAAUGAAAGCUGUUCAAGUAGGUGAAUGUGAAUAUGAACUCUAUUUACGCUACGAUUUAUAUACAAAACGAAAUACACAAUGGUUUUACUUUCGUAUGGAAAAUAUCAAAUCAAAUAGAAGAUAUCGAUUUACUAUAGUGAAUUUUUUUAAACCAACCAGCCUCUAUAGUAGUGGAAUGAAGCCAUUAAUGUAUAGUGUCCGUGAUGCUGAAAGUAAAAGUAUCGGCUGGAGACGAUGGGGUGAAGAAAUCGUAUAUUAUAAAAAUAAUUUACUUUCACCAGAUGGAACAUCGAAUCUAUUUUCUCUAACAUGGACGUGUAAAUUUCCAAAUGAUAAUGAUACAUAUUAUUUUGCGCAUUGUUAUCCGUACACAUAUUCUGAUUUACAGGACGCUUUAACAGAUGUACAAAAUGAUCGAAUUAAAAGUCAAUAUUGUAAACAAAAAAUUCUAUGUCGCACAUUAGCUGGUAAUUUUGUUUAUCUACUUACAAUAACAGAUCCACCAUCAACUGAUCAUCCAUCAACUAGUGAACGAGUUAAAAAAGGAGUAGUCAUCACCGCUCGAGUACAUCCAGGUGAAACAAAUGGUAGUUGGAUGAUGAAAGGAUUAUUAGAUUUUUUAUUAAGCAAUUCACCAGACGCAAAAAUUUUACGUGAGAAUUUCAUAUUUAAAAUAAUACCUAUGUUGAAUCCCGACGGUGUUAUUGUUGGUAAUUAUCGUUGUUCAUUAUCUGGUCGAGAUCUUAAUCGAAAUUAUAAAACAAUUUUAAAAGAUGCCUAUCCAUCAAUAUGGCAUACACGUGAAAUGAUAAAAAGAUUUAUGACUGAAGCAGAACUAGUACUUUAUUGUGACUUUCAUGGACACUCAAGGAAACAAAAUGUUUUUAUAUACGGUUGUGAAAAUAAAACUUUACCUAAUCUUCGUUUAAAAGAAAGAAUCUAUCCGGCUAUGUUAUCAAAAAAUGAUCCAACAAAAUUUUCCUAUUGUUCGUGUAAAUUUAAAGUUCAAAAGCAUAAAGAAGGAACUGGUCGAGUUGUGAUGUGGUCGAUGGGAAUUUUAAACAGUUUUACAUUAGAAGCAACAUUUUGUGGUUCAACAUUGGAUAAUAGAGCUGGUCAUCAUUUUACAAUAAAAGAUCUCGAAUCAAUUGGUUAUCAUGUUCUUGAUUCACUAUUAGAUUAUUGUGAUCCAGAUCCAACAAAAUGUAAACAAAUAUUAAACGACUUAGAAGAUGAUCUUCGACAUACAAUACAAAUUAAAUUAUUAUCACGUGGAAUACAACCAUCAUCAUUGACUGAUAUAGAUAUUUAUCAAUUUUCAUCAGAUGACGAUUCAAGUGAUGAUGGUGGUUCAGAUAGUUCAAUUGAUGAUGGUCUACCAAAACAUCUUGAAGCCAUUGCAGCUGCUAAGUCACGUAUGAAAAAGAUAAGAAAAAAAACGUUGAUAACAAAGAAGAAAGAAGUAAAACAAAAAGAUGAAACAGAUAAAGAAAAUGUGGAUAAAUCUAAAACUUCGCCAAUCGUUGGUUUAGUAUUAUCAAAAGCUAAACGUUCCCAACUGCCAUCUAUCGUAACAACAGAUUCUGAUAUUAGUAAUAAUUAUCAACAAAUAGUAAAACAACGUCGACUAAAUGAGAAUUUAAAUUCAAAUAAAUUCGAUGGUUCAAAUGGUCUUAGUCGAAUAAAUCGUUGGCCAACAUUUUCAUCAAAUAAUCGUGUCAAUGCAGGUAGUGGAGGCCUAGAAGAUCGAACGAAACGUACACAGGUAGAAGAAGUGGAAAAAUCAUAUGCACUUCGCUAUUCCUCAACACCUUCUGGUAGUACUACUAUUAUUAAUGAACCACAAUUAUGUAGUGAACAUCGUGAUGCAUUUACAGCAACUUAUCUACUUAAACGAUUAAAUAGUUUAGAACAAGAUUCUACAAUUGUGUCAUCAACCACUUAUCCACCAUUGUUAAAUCGUACAGCGACUAUAGAAGAGGAUGAUGGUCAAUUGACAGAUGACGAAUGUGAAGUUGAACUUGGAGAUGAAGAAGAUAAAGGAGAAAGGAUUUUGUCAAACAAUUAUGUGACAAAACGAUUAUCGUUGCAUUGUAAAUCUCUUCGUAGUAAUUCUGCAAAUAUUGCCUUAAUUAAGCCUUUUCUAUACCUAGUAAAUGAUCGACUAUUAGGCAAUGGGCGUACGUCGCGAGCAAAAUCAACAGUGGUUACUAGCGUUCCAAACUAUCGACCACCAUUAGAUAUUCGUCAAAUUCAACCACCAAUAAAUCAAAUUUUAAAUCAACGACGUUUAUUCGAACUACACCAACAACAACAACAGCAACGCCAAAAAACGACUACGGUAUUUGGAAAACAAAAUUCGGAAACUAGUACUACUCAACCACCAACAAUGAUAACAACAAUACGUUCAACAACUUCCAAUGCACCACUUUUAAAUCGUCAACUAGAAACUAAAGAAAACUAUCGCCCAACUUCACAAAUGCCUGUUUCAUCGUAUGCUAACAGCGAUUCAACACAAACAUUAACAAAAUUGCAUCCAAUUCAACCUGAUCAUAUCCCUAUAACGAUAUCAGCGCGUUUUGAUCUAUCAAAUGUUGCUCAGUUAGCAACAUCUAACAGCUCAUUCAAAUUUCAUACAAUAGUAGUCAAUAGUGCAAGAUUAUAUUUUCUACAAUCGCCACCAGACACCACUACAUCAAUAUCGACAACUACAAGCAGCACGGUAUCAACAUCUGAUUCCACCACAAGUACAUCAACAAGCGUAAUUCAAACAAUAACAUUAUCAACAACUACGACUACAAGUAGUACCACUUCAGAGGUAACUACGACAAUAGCUCCAACUACAUCAACUAUACUCAUUAAAACGUGUUGUGAAUCCAAUAUUAGCUUGUUACUUUCCAAAUUAAUCAGUGCUACUUCAAUAGCCACAAUUCUAAAUGUUCCAUCGCCACGAUUCAUAAAAUCUGUUGAUAAUGACCAUUUAGCGACAAUAUCAAAUAUAAACAACGGUUCACUCUAUCAAUUUGACGAAGAUAAUCUAACAUUAUUGACCAAAAAUGAUCUGACAGCAGUGGGUACACCGAAUAGUCUUCUGUAUUACAAUCAGUAUUAUUAUGUUGCAAAUAUAACUAAAAACAUUGCCGUCUACGAUAAAAAUAUGACAUUUAUCACUUACAUACACGACACAAAUCUAAGUAGUCCACGGGAUAUGGCUGUUAUCGGAAACAUGUUAACAGUGGCCACCACCAGUGAUAAGCUCAUCAUCUUCUUUUCAAUGAAUCCAUCAGGAAAUUACACCCGUGUCAAUUACAUUCAUACGUCAGCUGCUUCACCGCACGGUAUCACCUAUGUCAAUGAUACAUUUUUCUAUGUUACAUUCUAUGGUGGUGAUAGCGUCUAUUCUUAUCGGAAUAACCCCGUGUCCUCAAAUAACUGGACCGAAACCUCCUUUGUUAAUAUGACAGGUGGCUCCGGCACUCACAUGGUGAUUGAUGAUUGUGAUCGAAGAUGGGUGGUAGUGUUCAAUUAUGGAAUAAAGAUUUAUGAUGCAUUUGGCAUACAUUUAGCUGAUUGGAAUAUAACAAAAACAGUAUUUGAUCUCGUCAUUUUAAAUAAUUAUGUGAUGAUCAUCUCGGAUAAUGGUAGAAAUCAAACAAUGAGAAUCGAUCCAAAUAUACAAUGUGACUAUUUCUCAUACUGA